UCUAGUGUGCAACAUUAUUUCUUGACCGAAAUUCAACAAAUAACCGAUGUUCGGCCUAAUAAAACCUAUCACAGACAAGUUAUUGGUGUAUUAACAAUAAUUGUAAAUCCAACUUAGGCGCCACCGCGGCGGUCACAAUAGUUUGUACCUUGCCUACGGUAAUCCAAAGCCGAGCGCCACAAAUUUGCGCGUGCCGCUGUAAUUGCAACCAUUAUAUUUGGUUUAGCCUGGUUUAUUUUUUGACGGUGGCCACAGCACCGUAGGCUUUACAGAAUCGCGCAAUUCCAUACUGCCUCUGACUCUGUUGUCGUCUACGACGGCGCCAUCACCAAUAAAAAACGAUCUUACUACCAUGACUGACUACAGCGACUUGGAUCGUCAAAUCGAACAGCUAAAACGCUGUGAAAUCAUCAAGGAGAACGAGGUGAAAGCAUUGUGCGCCAAGGCGCGUGAAAUACUUGUCGAGGAGGGCAACGUGCAACGCGUGGACUCGCCAGUGACUGUGUGCGGUGACAUACACGGUCAGUUCUACGAUCUCAAAGAGCUAUUUAAAGUUGGUGGUGACGUGCCCGAAAAGAACUAUUUGUUUAUGGGUGACUUUGUUGAUCGCGGCUAUUACAGCGUCGAAACAUUCCUUUUGCUGCUUGCGCUUAAGGUGCGCUAUCCUGACCGAAUCACGCUGAUACGCGGAAAUCAUGAAUCUCGUCAGAUAACACAGGUUUACGGAUUCUACGACGAGUGUCUUCGCAAGUACGGUUCUACAGCCGUUUGGCGUUACUGCACCGAAAUUUUCGACUACCUCAGCCUAUCGGCUAUAAUCGAUGGCAAGAUAUUUUGUGUGCACGGUGGCCUUUCACCAUCCAUACAGUAUUUAGAUCAGAUACGCAGCAUCGAUCGCAAGCAGGAAGUGCCCCACGACGGCCCUAUGUGCGAUCUGUUAUGGAGCGAUCCGGAGGAUCAGACCGGCUGGGGCGUCUCACCGCGCGGUGCCGGCUACUUAUUUGGGUCUGAUGUAGUCUCUCAGUUCAACCGCACCAACGAUAUUGACAUGAUCUGUCGAGCACAUCAACUGGUUAUGGAGGGCUUUAAAUGGCAUUUUAAUGAAACAGUGCUGACAGUGUGGUCGGCGCCCAACUACUGCUAUCGUUGCGGCAAUGUGGCAGCUAUUUUGGAAUUAAACGAGUACCUGCAUCGUGAUUUUGUCAUAUUUGAAGCUGCCCCACAGGAGAGUCGUGGGAUACCAUCGAAAAAACCGCAAGCCGACUAUUUUCUAUAAGCUAACAUCUUAACAAGGCAUCGACGAUACAUACAAAUCGUUCAAAUGCGCGCGCCUAUUUCUUCAUGAUCGUGUAAACAUGGCAAUUCCAUAUCAACUUUUAAAUCGCUGUAACUAGGCAGCAUUAGACCUACCUACGUGUUUUUUGUAUUCGUAUUGUGGCAAUAACUUCGUAUUUAUAUACAUACAUACAUAGUUACACACACAAAUCUCACAUAAAAUUUUCUGCUCUGCGGAGUUUAUUUUAUAACUGUAAUGUUUAAAAAAUGCCUGCCUGUCUUAAGCAAAAAAAGUAAUAAAA